AUGACGAAGUUCAGGAAGCUGGGUCGACCCACCGGUCACCGAAUGUCCAUGCUCAGAACCAUGGUUUCUCAGUUGGUGAAGCACGAGCGUAUCGAAACUACUGUCGCCAAGGCCAAAGAGAUCAGAAGACUCGCGGAUAAUAUGGUUCAGCUUGGAAAGGAGGGAUCCCAAUGUGCUGCAAGGCGUGCUGCUAGUUUUGUGCGAGGAGAUGAUGUACUUCACAAGCUGUUUACAGAACUGGCUUAUCGGUACAAGGAUAGAGCUGGAGGAUACACGAGAUUGCUUCGGACCCGAAUUCGAGUGGGUGAUGCUGCGCCAAUGGCCUAUAUUGAGUUUAUUGAUAGAGAAAAUGAGCUUAGGCAGGCAAGGCCACCAACUCCUCAGCCACCACAGAGAGCACCCCUUGAUCCCUGGACACGUUCUCGUCUCAGCAGGCAAUUUGCACCUCCUAAAGAGGAAAAAUCUGGAUCUGAUUUGUGA